CGAACAUUGAGCCUUGUUUGAUAUCUAGGUACAUAGGUAGGCACUUAAGUACAUAAUCCUUGGUACAUUAGCGUAUAACCUUAAAUUGCGUCAUAUGAUGGCGCGUUCGUCUCGCGUGGUGAGUGGAGGCUUUGUCGGUACCACAGUACUUUCCUUUGUUCAAACUGCCCGAAAAGUCUCCCUUUAAUUGAUUUGCGGUUCUGCACCGCGUCUUUUCCGCCUGAUUUUUCACAAGUCCGAGAUGUAAUAUCAUGACCUAUCAACAUGGCUCGCAAAGCUGCGAAAUCGGUUGCCGCAGCAGAAAAGAGAGCCAUAGCUUGCGAAAAUGAAAGCCAGGAUAGUCAAGAUAUGUUAGAGAUGCACAUGCUGCGGCAUGGGGUGGGAGUGCUGAGUAGUUCGCCUGCGCCUAUGCAGCCACCCUAUCAAUCGAAACGAAGUGCCUUGGUAUCAAGCAUCAGACCAACAAAAGCAAAUAUUUCGCAUUCCCUGGAUCGGUCGGAAGAAGCGCUAAAAAUAACUAAGGAACGGCUACAAAACGCGUCGAACGCGCUCAUCGAGCUAAGUGCUGAGGAUGAUUCAAUGAAGCAAUCCAGCCAGACGCGACUAAACUCCAACUCGUCGGUAUCGUGUUCCCCCUAUCUGCCGUCGACUUUAGAGCCCGGAGAACCUGAUCUGGCUUCUAUCCAAUCAAUAUGCGACAAUGCUAUAUCUACAGUUGAGCGACCUACUCAGCCAAUUAUAAAUGAUGCGCUGCCUACUCUUCAACAAUCGAAUACACCAAAGGGAAGAUCAGAAGAAAUGUCGUCAGGAUCGCCAACGCAAUCAAACGACGGGCGUAGUUAUGAGCAGUACAACGACAAUUCGCAGCUGCAAUUAACAUCGCAGGCAAGCAGCGUUCACGAACACCCCACUCUUGGCGAAAACGACACAGGGUACUUAAAUUUUAGGCGUACUCAUUACGACAUACCAGACUCUAUACCAGAAGGGGACGAAGAAGAAGCUGAGAUAGAUUUUGCUAGCAUUGCUGCUAGAAAGUCGCAACCAACAUCGGAAGCGCCUAGAGCAAGUGGCCAGUAUGCAGCGCCUCCCGAGACACCUACCAUAACCCAGAAGUUAUUUCAACAUCGUGGGGAUGAAGCCCAAUUGAUCCCCCCAUCGCAGCUUUUCGGGCAAACACAAUGGACUUCGGCAGUGCGGAAAGCUAGUCCCACGUCGUCUCGUCCAUCGCCUGAUGUCUUUAAUCAGAAUACAAUCUCACCUAACCCAGUCGCCUCGUCUCCCCUAAAACACAAGGGGCUUAGGACUUCCCCUACUCGCGCUUUUACCUCAAGUCCAACGUUUCCUGGAAUCUCAUCUCGACCUUCGGAUGAAAAAACGCCAUCCGUCCCGACGAAUAGCCACGAAGAUGAGGGUACUAAUCAAGGAAAUGAUGACGAAACUCCGCUCCCUUGCCUUGGAACCUCCAGACGUAGAACUGUGCCAGAACCAAUUAGCGAGUAUAAAUCGUGUCGAAAGCGGAACUUGGAAAACGAGGCGACGGAUCCUUCUAGUCAAGUUCACGAGGGAUUAGAUUCGGAUUCUGAAGCUGACUUGGUUGCGUACCGCCGUCGCCUGGCUAGGUUGAAGCAGGAAAAGGCUAGCAAAUCGUUCCCAUCCGUCAGUCUCCCUCGUGCAGGUGCAGGCAAGGGUGGUAAUGUGGAAGUGCCAUCGACUAGUCGCGUCAAGUCGUUUCAGGGUCGAAGUAGAACAAAUGCAGAGCAGUAUCUGGUAAAGUAUCACGGUGAGACUGCAACUGAUAACAACAAGUCGCAGGAAACAGUUGCAGACUCUCAAGAGCAUCUCGUGCCACCGCAACAUACUAAAGCCGAGCCCAAGAUAUCUGAUGAUUCUGACGAAAAGGACAUUGGCAAUGCCGGAAAUUCUAAUAUCAACAAUUUUUCGAAAUCCAGAGCCCCCUUGUCUAAUAUGGAAUAUAGGGAGACUAUUCCUGAGACUAGUCCUCCAAGCACUUCUGUGGAGCCACCAAAAUUAUUAGAUGAUGGAGUGCACCUUGGUUCCAGUGCUAUGUCCGAGUCCGAAACUCUCCCAUUGCCGGCGCUAUCAAACGGUAUAAAUCCUGGAGAGCAGCAAAAGGAUUCAAGCGGAACCCCAAAUCUUCCAGAGCAGCCUACAUUGAUAUCCGCAGGUCGAAAACCCAGAUCCACCAGAGAUCAGUCUACUUUAGACUCUUCGCCCUCUGUAGUUCUAGCAUCAUCUCCACAGAGUGCAAUCCGGCAGUCGGUGAGGCUGAACGACGUAGUCACGCCGUCAUCUACCGGACGUGAUUUACCCCCUGCCUCAGACCCUAGGACGGGAACGUCAACUUUAUCAACCUUAUCAGCAACCCCCAGUAUGUCUUCGAGUAUCACGCCUAGUACAGAUCCCGAUGUCGCACUUGAAGGUGUAGAAAGACGUAGUUCGUCCCCAGCCGUAACGAAAGUACAACGUCGAGGAAGGCAAUCGCUCCCAUCUUCACUGCCUCAAACCAAGACAUUUUCACGUUCUCGAGAAAGUCUAAGAAGAAAGACGCGUUAUAGUUCAGUAUCAACCGACGAAUUAGCUAGAUCACCAUUAUCUGCAUCUGAUAGGAACGAACGGAAACCACCCACCCGAAAACUUGCAAGGCAGUCUUUCGGCAAUCAACAUCCAUUACAAGAUUCGACAGCAAAUCGUGGAAUCUUCGAAGGGAUGGUUUUUGCUCUCUCUUUCCAAGGGCCACAGGUCCGGAAGAACAAAGGGAAACCCACGGAUAGGGCUAAUGUUGAACGUAUGAUUCGCCAAGAAGGCGGUAAGAUUCUCCCAGAUGGUUUCGAUGAACUUUUCAAAUUUGAUUCAUUCCAAGCCACGGGGAAUAACACCUCUUCUCGUGACCUAUCCAGCUCAUUAACACUUCUUGAUCAAGAUAUUGGAUUUACAGCUUUGAUAGCCGAUGGGCACUCCCGGAAAGUGAAAUAUAUGCAGGCUCUUGCACUCGGCAUCCCAUGUUUGGCACCUAAGUGGAUAAUGAACUGCAUUUCGAAGAGGGAAAUAAUAGAUUGGUCCUCAUACCUCCUAUGCGCCGGUCCAAGUACACUCCUAGGGGAGGCUAUCCGCUCGCGCAAUCUACAACCUUAUGAUGCCUCCACAGCCAAGCUAGCAGAUGUGGUAAACGAAAGACCAAAAUUAUUAAACAAGGCACGGAUUCUUCUCGUUAUGAAGAAGACUAAGAAUGAAGGAAAGAAACUACCAUAUGUGUUUCUGGCACAAGUGCUUGGUGGUUCUUUGGUGCGGGUUUAUAGUCUUGAGGAAGCCAGAGUCAAGCUUCGGGAUGAGGAAUCCCAAAACCGACCGUUCGACUGGGUAUAUGUCGACGACUCUUUGCAUAAUGCACAGGAUGCUCUUUUUGGAUCAUCUACAGGAAACACAGCUACUAGGAAACGAAAACGGCAGAGCACAGGAUCCGAGGAAGCCGACCCGCCGCCGAAGAGGAUUAGGACCCUCAGUGACGAGCUGGUAAUCCAGAGUCUUAUUUUGGGGAGAUUAAUUGAAGAUGGCGAAAUGGAAGAGUAAAUCCGACCUUGGUUCAUAUUAUACCUAGGGUUGGUAAUAUGUCAUGAUGAUAUGGCGUCUUGGUCGGGGCAUCUACUGGCGUCUUGAUAGGGUAUUUUUCACGGUAUUGACAGGGAGCAAGAGAUGCUAUUCCGAUUGGGAAACAGCUAAUGUACAUUAUGAAUUAUAAAUACGGUGGACGACAUUGAAUUCUAUGGUUAUAGGUUAUAACCCAUGCUCGUCAGUUUUUUUUCUCUACUUGGUACACUAGCUUCCCAAGAAUAUACAGUAUGCACUAUUCGGUAGGGAUGC